UUUCGCCUUCUCCCCUCCCUCCGUUCCUCCCCCCUUCUUCUCGCUGGGUGCCAGAGCUCCAGUGUGAGCGAGCUCCAGUUCCAGCUGGCCUCCCCAUUGCGCUGCUCGUAUGGCGGACUCUCCACUUAACAACUCCUGGCCCUCCUUCUCCAAACUCUGGAUGAAGAGAUGGUCCUUCAAGAGAGCAUCAGAGUGCAAGCCAUGUCAGUCCUAUGGGCCUCCCAGUGCCCAGAUUUGUGUCCAGCCUCAUACUCACAGCGUGACAGGAUCUUCCUCUUCACCAUCCCCUGCCUCUAUCACUGAAGAUGUGUUCUUUGGUAGCACCAAUAAGGACCAGGAUGCAUGUUCAGUAGUCAGUGACUACGACUGCCCCUGUGUGGAGGUGAGCAACAGUGUGGAAGACCUGCUGAGCCUCAGCUCUUCUCUCAGAGAUUCUGAGUACUUUAAAGACCUGCAGGGAGAGACAGCGUCUUCCACAGUAACUACAGUCCUAGAGAGCAAAACCCUAAAUGUUGGCUUACAGGUGUCCCUAAACACAGACAGUCCUGCGCUCAACCAGCCUGCACAGACUUCUUUGAGCACACUCUGCCCUCAGGACAAUGCACUUGUUUCCCCCUAUUACAUUCAUCCUGCAGAAGAACUUCAUCAAAACUUUAUGGUCACUCAGCUAAGUCCAAAGUUUUUGCCAGGUUGUACUAUUGACCGCGGUGACUCCUCAGGCCCUGCAGUAGGGCUUAGCUUGACAAUUAAUCUGAAUGGACUAUUAGGGUCAAUGGAAAAAGCAAAAGGAAUAACUGGACCAGAGGAUGUAGAGGAGCAAUCCACCAUGGAUUUUGAUGGAGAGUCAGACCUGGACAGCGUUCCCAUAUUAGUUAGAUCCAUGUCAACGUCUCGGAGGCACAGCUGGGGUGUCCCUGUGUCCCCCAUCAACCUGGGCAGGAGACUGAGUCUGGAUGCCAUGGCCAUGGACAGCGAUGGAGAGGGAGAGGAUGAUGAGGAAGGACAGAAAUGUCUCUUCCAGUCAACCCUGCAGGACUACAGCUCCACAGCAUGUCCUGGAGAGAAGACAGAUGACUCCAGGCUGAGGCUCCCAUGUCCAAGAGCCAGGGUCACUAGCAUGGCUGGUGGUGGCAGGCAUCUGUACUCCCGCUCAGAGAUCCUCGCAACAGACGAAUGUUCCCGUGCUGCACACAUUUCUCGUGUUGUGCAGACAUCCAAACGGGCCGCAAGGGCAGCAGGAGCAGAGGAGUUUGACCCUGAAGAAAACUUACAUUCUACUGAAGGACAUAUGCUGAUGGUACAGAAAGUUCUGCAGGAGCUAAAGCUGUACCAUGGAGCGAAGCAGAGGAACAACAGACCAGACACCAAAGUUUCAGGAAAUGUCACUUGGUACGAGUUCCUCAAUGAUGAAAAUGAUGAAGAGGAGGAUCGUACAGAGAAGGUGGAGAAAGGCACCAAGGUGAAGAGGACUCUGAGCUCUCUAAGGAACAGGGUGACCGGCUCCUUCAAUAAAGAUAAGGGUAAGAACCGAGAAAAAGAGCAGCAGAAAGAGAAGGGGAAGGAGAAGGAGCGGGAGGCAAAAGAGAAAGCGUGUGACAGCAGCAGAAGCAACAGUCAUUAUUUGAUGCCAUGCGCUUUCUCCAGCUGUGCCACCUGCUCACUGUGCAGCAAGUCCCUGCAGAGAAAGCAUGGCCUGCAGUGCAUGAAUUGUGCUGUGAACGUUCACAAGAGCUGCAAGUCUCUGUUGGCUGAGUGCACCAGCAGCAGGAAUAAGAGGGAUUUUCCACUGAGAACUGGCUCUUCAGGAUCUCCUAGUCUUGCCCUAAAAGACCGGGACAGAGAGCGGGAGCAUUCGGGCCCAGCCUCAUCACAGGCCUUGGAUGGCCACCCAGGUUAUCACAGCACCCCAGGCAUGACCAUAAGUCCGUGGGGACCUAGCACUCAGUACACCAGCUCCACCACAGCCUCCAGCCUUGGCCACAGCCUCCGUCACCGCAACAGCUUGGGAUCCCUCCCUGGGGAGAUGGAUGAGACAGAUGCUCUCCGCUCCAAACGCUGCAACGAAGACGCCAUUUCCCUUGCUCCCUCCACUGCCGAGUCCAUCAUCGUUGAAGAUGCUCACUAUGCAGCAGUGCGGGCUGAUCUGGAGUCCGAUGCCCAGGACCUGGAGGCAGAGUCUUGGAGUUUGGCAGUUGACCAGCAGUUUGUCAAGAAGCACUCUAAAGAAAUGGUGAAGAGACAGGAUGUGAUAUAUGAGCUGAUGCAGACGGAGAUGCAUCAUGUGCGAACACUGAAGAUAAUGCUGCGUGUGUACGUCCGUGAGUUGAAGGAGAACCUCCAGAUGGACUCAGGCAAGCUGGACUGCCUGUUCCCCCGCUUGGAAAAUCUCCUCGAACUCCACACACAUUUCCUGUCUCGUCUCAAAGAGCGACAGCGAGAAAACCUUGUUACGCCCAACGACAGGAACUAUGCGAUCAACAGAUUGUCAGACAUUCUGAUCACGCAGUUCUCAGGUGAAAUAGGAGAGAGGAUGAAGGACAGCUACGGAGAUUUCUGCAGUCACCACACGGAGGCUGUCAGCUACUACAAAGAACAGCUGCAAAACAACAAAAAGUUCCAAAACAUCAUACGGAGAAUCAACAACCUGUCCAUUGUGCGGAGGUUAGGAGUAACUGAGUGUAUUCUGUUGGUGACGCAGCGCAUUACCAAGUACCCAGUACUAGUGGAGCGCAUUUUGCAAAACACUGAAGCGGGUUCAGAGGAGCAUGAAGAUCUGACUCGGGCGCUGGGUCUCAUUAAAGACACCAUCGUUCAGGUUGACACGCUAGUUAAUCUCCAUGAAAAGAACUCUCGACUCCGAGAAAUACACAACAAAAUGGAGCCAAAGGCACUGGGAAAAAUCAAAGAUGGCAGAGUGUUUCGCAGGGAGGACCUGGUGCAGGGCAGGAGACGACUGCUGCAUGAGGGCACAGUCAACUGGAAAGCUGCUUCUGGCAGGCUCAAAGAUAUUCUUGCAGUGCUCCUCUCAGAUGUGUUGCUCUUGUUACAAGAGAAGGAUCAGCGAUAUGUGUUUGCUACAGUGGAUAACAAGCCGUCAGUGAUCUCUCUUCAGAAGCUGAUUGUCAGAGAAGUGGCCCAUGAGGAGAAAGCCAUGUUUCUUAUUUGUGCCUCGUCCAAUGAGCCAGAGAUGUAUGAGAUCCACACCAACUCCAAGGAGGAGCGAAACACUUGGAUGGCACACAUACGGCAAACUGUUGAGAGUUGUCCUCAUACAGAAGAGAGGCUGUUCAGUGAGCAGGAAGAGGCUCGAGCUUUCAGGCUCAAAGAAUUUCAAGAACGGCUGAGCCAGAAGGAUGCAGUGAUCAUCCAGGCUCUCACUGAGAAGCUGCAGCUGUUUGCUGACAUGGCAGAGUCUGUGGCAGGUCUAGAGGACACAGGUUCACGUUCCAGGCUUCUGCUUCGAGGAGACGCCUCAGACCUCCAGCAGGGGGAGGCCCUCCUUAAAGGAGCUAUCACUGAGGUGGAGAACCUGCAGAACCUGCUGCAGUCGGGAGUGAGGGACGAGGCUCCAACCUCACGGCUGGAGGAAGGGAACGGCUCUGGGGUUCUGCCCAGGCGAGCAGAUACCUUUGGGGGCUAUGACAGCAGCCCCACCAUCCUCAGUAAGAAUGGCAGUGUGAAGAAGAACUUUUCUGGCGAGUGUAGAAACCGAGACAGAAGCCAGAGAGCGAGCUCUGACCCUCAGCUCAAAGACCUUUGUGGCAGCCACACCUUGGAGCAGACGGUUGAUGAGAGCUGCUGCUCUCCCGCCAGAUGGAACAGCAUCUGGUCCAACUCCUUCCCCGAAGCUGAGUUCUUUGACAGAGUGCUGAUGCUCUCCCAAAGGCUCUAUAGCCUACAGGCCAUCAUAUCACAGCAGGACAGUCACAUUGAGCUGCAGCGGGCCUCGCUGACGGAGCGGGCCUCCCUGCCCGGCCGCCACAGAGGGAAUGUGCUCUUGGAGCAGGAGAAACAGCGGACUCUGGCCCUGCAGAGAGAAGAGCUGGCCAACUUCCACAAGCUGCAGUCUCAGCACCGGCAGGAGCAGCAGCGCUGGGAGAAGGAGAGGGAGAGGCACCGGCAGCAAGUGGAGGCCACUGAAGCCAGGCUCCGACAAAGGGAGGAGGAGUGUAGACGGCUGGAGAGUCAUUUGACAGAAGAGAGGAAGGAGCUGGAGAGUCAGAGGGAGACGUACCAGCAGGACCUGGAGAGGCUGAGAGAGUCCACCAGAGCUGUGGAGAAAGAAAAGGAACGCCUGGAGCAUCAGAAGAAGAUCAAGAGGAAGACCAUUGAGGUGGCUCCUCUGUCUGGCAGUCUGAAUGGGGAGCUCCUGAUGUCCUCUGGCCUCAACACGUCCCCCAGUGUCUCGGACCUGCCCCUCCCUCAGAAGCCCCUGGUGCGUUCCAGCCUGUCUGUUGCACCAGCCGACUAUCAAGAGCGCCCUGAAGUGAUGUUGCGGCGGGAGGCGAGCUCUUCCACCCUGCCGCUGAAGACGGAGGUGCCCCUUCAUCUCUUUAGCACCACCAACCAGCAGCACAAACUGGUGGGGGUUCAGCAGCAGAUCCCCACAAAGCUGGCCGCCUUUAGCAGCGGCAAAGGGAAAGGAGGCAAGAUUGGCAAAGCUUCACAUCGCACUGACAGCACUGCCUCGGUGGAUAUGAAACAGAUGCUGCCGCUGAAGCUGUCUGCCCGAGACGACAACCCCCUCAAGGCCAAGCGUUCCAUCAGCCCCCACCAGCAGCUCCCGCUGUCAGCCCCUCCUCAGUCUCUUCCCCUGCAUCACCAUGCAGAUCAACUCAGUCCUCCAGACAGUGCUGGGCCAGACACCCAGCCCACCUCCACUAUCGGCAUCUCCCACCCCAAGGCCCCCGUGCCUCCAGCACAGUCCCAUUCUCAGCCCUCCAUCCAACCUCCAUCUAUUCCUCCCCACUCACAGAGCACCGGCCCCCUCCAGUUCCAGCCCCAUCUGCAGCCGCAGGGCCUCAGUCCGGACGCCCAGACCCACGUCCAGGUAAAUGUUCACGGGCUCCCCCACAGCCACAACAUGCUGCCACCUUACAAGAUUGCCACAGAAGACCUCAAUAAGGAGGACGUCAUCUUCUUCUAAAGUCCAUUCUGAUGCCCCCAGAUCAACAACUGUUUGCAACAACAACAAAAAACACAAGAAUUAUGGGAGGGUUGGUGGUCCCAAAUCAACCAUGUGUCCCAUUCCAAGGAGCCACUGGCAUGCGAUAAUGUGUUAUUAAAGAUCAAUAAGGAAAGAUGGUACAACAAUCCGUAACAGAGGGCAGAGCCUUUGUCAGCACUUCAGUAGCUCAUGAAGACAAAAAAUUGUAUUCAAGAAAGAUGACCUUUGUAUUUUAACACUGCUACCCCAUCUUUGUUUUUAAGAUGCCACCGUUUAUUUUUUAUUUAAUUUUUAGUUUCUUAACUCAAGAAGACGUCAAUUAUGAGGAGACCUUUGGCAAAGCAACGGCUUCUUGUGACGUGUAUCAAAAGGUUAAAAUGAAGUCAAACUAAUCCAAAGACGUUAGCCGCAAGAGCUGAAGGGGAUUACACAAUGUAAAAAGAAAAGCAGUCGGUCAGGCUGGUUAGUGAAGCAUGAAGUAGUGAAAGGUGCUGUGAUGGCGCACUGGCCUUAAGCGUCUUCUUCUACUGGACCUAGAACCACAAGAAAUGAUUUAACAGGAACCUGAAAUUAACCAACUCUUAAUACAUGAACACUUUCAUUUGCACAGUGUAAAUACUCAAUUUUAGACUAAUGAAUGAACUUUUACGGACUAAAUGUGAAUUGUCUGGGUGUACAGUUGUCAAAAUUGUGAAGGUUCAUUUUUCAUUUGAUUUUGUUGUUCUUAACCAUGCUUAUUACAGAAGGCUGAACUGUUUCAUGCUGUUAUGAUUCUUCAUUUCAAUUAAGGGAGAGUUCAGCUUGUAGCAAAUUCUGCUGUUCUCCAAAACGUGCGGCGUGAGACAAACUCAGGGAUGCCUUUAUUAUGUCUGUACAGCUUGAUGUUAUGUGAGAUUGGUCUACUUUAGUCUUUUAUUUCAUUUCUAAGCUGUAGCUCUUCUCAAACGUGAGUUUUACAAUGAACUCAUGUACUUUUGCUUGCAUCAUUAUUUUUUUUAAACACCAUUUCAUCGGAACAUUAAGCAGCAUUUUCGUUUCUGCCACCAUGGUUGUAAGCUCUAACAGCAAGUGGGUUAGCUGAUUGAUGAAAGCUCACUUCUUUAAUACAGACAUUUGUACAUUUUUAUGUUUUUUAAUUAGCUUUCAAGUCUAAAUUUCCCAAAAUGUUGGCAGAGCUGCUGCUGACGCCCUAGACAUCCAGGAAACUCGAUGUUGCAUCAUUCAAAAUACUGUACCCUGUAGACAUCAAAAAGGCCUUACUGAGUUUGUUGCAUUGCACAAAAACUAUCCCUUUUAAGAGAAACAUCUUUAAAAAACACAUCUGUUUCCAUAUUUGUGGAACCAGAGUUUACUUAACAAUUCAUGACAAUUUAUGCUGCAUGUUUUAAGGGCAAAAUUAACGUUUAAUCUGCUUCGGCAGAGAACAGAGAAAAUUUUGGGUUAUAGGCUCCAUCUUCAUAUUAAUAGAAAAUGUAACUUUAUGAUUUUGCACUAGUUGAUCCAGUAGAAUUUGGGGGGGGGGGGGGGCUCUGUGUUAUUCCCGAAUGUAAACUGCUCAGAUUAACUGAUAAGUCAAUAAUGACAGAAAGCCUAUAUGUGCAUACUGAAUUGCAGUAUUAACACUGUUUUACAUCUCUCAGUCUUAGAUAUUUUGAAGUGGCUUUAUUCAUAUGGUGCAUCAUAUUCCUAAUUCACAUUCACACUAAAACAUGUAAUUAGACUUGCAGGACACGUGGCCAGAAAAUUGAGACAAUGUAAAGUUUAUGCAUUCAGUCCUAAUUUUUUCAAGAAGUCAAAAACAAUUUAAGGUUUGUGUGAUUGACAAGAAAUGUUUUUGAAAGCUGUGCCUGAAAGAAAAGCAGUACUGUGAUUGCGUGCAGGGGUCCAACAGCAAAAACAACUUUCAGCUCAAAUUUCAGGCUUUACCUUAAUUCACAGACGAAAUAUGGAGAUGUCCAUAUUGAUGUCCUCACCCUGUGUCUGUGCAUAUAUAUAUCUGACGACCCUUUAUAUCAUGAAGUAGUGGACACAUGAAAGUGUUUUGUGUCUCUGGAGGGGAAAGAUGUUUGAAGAGCUUUUUUGUCCUAGUCCAAGUAAGCUUGUCUCUGAGCUAGCUACAGUUUGAGCAGGUUUGUCUUGAGUCUUAAUGUAUAUUAUGUAUAUUGUUGUACAUACUGUAUGUGUUAUCUUCUGCACCGGCUGUCCUCUUAUACAUUCUUGUAUUAGAAACAUAUAUUGUUUCUAUUAUUUGAUGUGCAUCGAGAUACAAAAGUCAGCCAAAUGUACGUUUGUGCAUAUGUGAACAUGUACUUAAAAGACACACAUUCUGUAUGUGUGUACAAUACGGUACGCCUUGCUUGGAUAGACUCGUGGCAGUUUAAUUAAAACCACAAUUGGUCAUUGCUGUUGUUUUAAAUUAACUGAUAAUGAAGGUGUGCAUAUUUAAUCUCCUGAUGUGUGUUGAUGUUGUAGCAUUGAAGUUGAGGUCUUUCUCCUGCAACUCACGCUUGGUGUUUCGCCAAGAUUAUGUAGCAGUUGUAAAAACCAAAUCAUCUGCUUGUUUCAGUUGGUUAAACCAAAGACACAUUCGGCUGACUGAGUUCCUGUCUGUGCUCUUGUAUGAAGGAUAAACGACACUGUGCUCGUUGUGUGGUCGUCCACAAAGUCUUACUACUCAUAAAAGCAUGUGUUUACAGCUCAUUGCAGUCCAACUUAUAUCCUGCUUCAGGUCUCAUUUUGGGGUUUUCUGUUUGUUUUUUAUCCUCAUUUCCAGAUCACAAAUAACUCUUUAUACACAUAUCAUUACCUUAAAAGCAGAGCACAGAAACAAUAAAUCAAAUGGGGUGUUGAAGUUCGCCACUAUUCAGAUUUAUAGUGUCACAUCCUAACUAUAGCAUUGGAUGUUUUCAUUAUCACGAUAUGAGCUCAUCUGAUACAGUAGUAGAAGAUAUUGCAUUUAUAUACACCAUUUCUUAAACACCCCAACAAUGUCAUAUCAAUAUGCCUGUGAACAUACUUGGUAUAACCAAUGAAUACACCAACCAAUAAAAACGUAAACAUAUUUUCUGAGUGACAAAACAAUCCUAACUUAAGGUCCACUUACAAGCUUUUUUUUUUGUCCACAGCUUUCAACCAUAUCGCACUUCAUCAGUUUAGUUGAGCCAAAUGCUUGACUUAAAGGCCAACAGGGAUGGGAAGAAAGUGGAGCUUGAAUUGGGAUUGUUUUGUUAGACUAAUUUCUCAUGAAUUAAAAGGACCUUUCGUGCUUGACUUUUUAAGACAUUCCCAUUUCAGUCCAUAUCCUUUAUUUUCAAGUGUCUCCUGUAAUUCGGUGUAAGAGUACUUGGGUUCUGCUCCAUGUAGCCUACUUGACUUAGUGAACCUCAACAGAAGAGGUGGAUGCUGCCUUGUUGCUGCCACUGUUUGGAUCAAUUCAAGUCUUAAUGUGCUUUUGCUGUUCUGAAAUGCUUAACCUCUUUCAUCAGUUUUAAAGUCAGUUGUGUGUGUGUGUAUGUGUCACCAAAAAUGGAAACAUUUCUAACAGACUUGGUUCCAGUGUAUUUUUCUUUAUACACUCACUCAUUCGGCAUAUUGGACCUGUAAUGUGUAAAUAAUAAUGAACAUAUUUUAUUUCCUCGGCCAAUUUUACACUAGUCACUUUUGAUAGUAGCAUACUUGAAGGGGAAAAUGAAUGUUUAUAAUGCUUAUUAUUAUUAUUAUUGUUGUCUGUGAACUUUUAUUUACCAAGAGCUAUCUAAUGACGUGUGUAGUACACAGCAAAACUGAUUUUUGUACCGUUUUAUUUUAUUCACUGCAAGACAUUAGGUUAGAAUGACCUGUGGACACAAACCGCUGCCUUAGAGAGAGAUUAGUAAUAAAUGAAUGAAAUGA